AUGGAUCAUUUGACGGCGCUCUUCCAGGAAAUGUGGCGUCAAGGACAAAUCCCCCAGGAUUUCAGGAACCCCACAGUCGUCCACCUCUAUAAGCAGAAAGGUAGCCGCCAGCUCUGUGACAACCACCGAGGCCUCCCCCUACUGAGCAUCGCCGGGAAUAUAUUCGCUCGCAUCCUUCUUAACCGCCUGAACAAAAAUCUGGAGCAGGGCCUCCUGCCGGAAGGCCGGUACGGCUUCCGCCGUAUUCGUGUGACCACGGACAUGAUCUUCGCUGCCCACCAACUUCAGGAGAACUGUCAGGAGAUGCGGACCCGCCUGUUCUCUACCUUCAUGAAUCUGAUGAAAGCCUACGACACGGUGAAUCGCGAAGGACUGUGGAAAUUAUGCAGAAAUUCAAUCAUCCCGAGCGAUUCACUGAGAUUGUGGGCCAGCUCCACGAUGGCGCGCGCCACGGAUGAAAGAGCUGUCGCAGAGGCAUUGGCACUGACCAAAGGAGUAAGGCAGGGGUGCGUCCUCGCACCUAAACUCUUCAGUCUUACGUUCUUUGCCAUGCCGAUGGACGCCUACCGUGACGAGCACCCUGGGAUCCGCAUCGUCUACAGGAUGGACGGCCACCUCUUCAACCACAGGCGGGUGUACUUCCAGUCGCGUGUAUGCACAACCACCGUCCACGAACUCCUCUUCGUCGACGACUGCGCCCCCAACACCACCUCGGAAGAGGACAUGCGAAGGAGCAUGGAUCUCUUCGCCGCCGCCAGUGAGAACUGCGGCCUAAUAAGUAACACGGAGAAGAUGGUAGUCAUGCCCUAAUCGCCACCCAACACAGCCCACAAUGCGUCGCAAAUCAGCGUGAACAGCACCCACCUUCAAGUGGUGAACAACUUCACGUAUACGGGCAGUACCCUCUCCCGCAACACCAGAAUCGACUAUUAAGUGGCCCACCGGAUUUCCAAGGCCAGUCAAGCCUUCGAUCACCUUCAGAGCACAGUUUGGAUUCGAAGCGAUCCUCAACUCAGCACAAAACUAAAGAUGUACAGGGCCGUCAUCCUCCGAGCGUUGUUGUUUGGAGCAGACUUGGGCGGUGUAUAUGAAGCAGGCACGCAGACUCAACCACUUCCACUUCAGUUGACUUUGCAAAUACUGAAGCUGAGGUGGCAGGACCGAAUCCCCGACACAUAAGUCCUGGAGCAGACGUGAAUCCUCAGCAUCUACGCCAUGCUGAGACAACUACAACUACGAUGGAUCGGCCACCUCGUACGGAUGGACGACGAUAGGCUAUCCAGACGACUCUCCUGUGGAGAUGUUGCCAUGGGUUUCCGCCGCCAGGAAGGCCAAAUCCGUCGACACAAGGAUACUCUCAAGACAUUGCUGAAGCGUCUGUAGAUCAACUCAGCCAACCGGGAGGACCUCGCUCGAGACCGAUCGACCAGGAGGAGGACCGUGAAGAUAUACGGAGCGAUCUGCGAGGCAAACCGCAUCACCGCCUCCAAAGCCAAACACGAGACAUGCAAAUCGCAACCGCCGCUGCAGCCGCCGCCGCCGCCUUACAACGCCAACGCACAACCUCCCCCAACGAGUCCACGGUGUCAGCGGACAUUCCGGACGCCAAGUGGAUUUGUUGAACACUUUCGGACGAACAGCGGCACCCGGACUGCAACAACCGUCGUCUCUCCCUCCACCUCUCCCUUGUCCCCCACGCCGUCAACUAACGUUGAGUGCCCUCCCGAAUUACCACUACCAUCCUCCUCCACCGCCUCAACGUCUGCCUUUGUGGCGUCUGCCAUGCAAAUCAACACUACUCACAAUCCUGACGCAGCAAAAAACGCCAACAUCACCAUCGACACCAGUGGUGAGGACCUGGAUUAUACCUGUCCUACUUGCGACCGCACCUCCACCUCACACCUCGACCUGGUCGGCCACUUUCGAAUCCAUCGCGCAGAGACUGGCGAACCAGUGCCUGGAGCACCAGCCUUCACCUACCGCACCCGCUUCCACUGUCCUCACUGCCCUCACACAUUCAUGCGUCGCAUGGGCCUGCUCGGCCACAUGCGCAUCCACGAAAACCUGCGGUAG